AUCUGGGCAGACAAUGAAAUGUGCACCCAGGAAGAAUUUUUUUUUUUUUUUUUUCUCUCCAUUUAUUCAAGCUUUCCUUUGUAUCCUGUGAACUAAAAAGUGGAAAUUGAUUUUCCACCCACUAGUUCCUUUCUCCCCUCUUUCCACCUUUCCAAACAGAGUCUUUUAAUUUAAUAAUAAAUAAAUAAAUAAGAAAUGGCAGCAACAACUGUCUUUAUCUUCUCCCCACUAAACUCUUCCUCCACGUUUGACUUACUUGCCCCCAAAAUCAAAUCUCAAUUCGGGUUGGGACGGAAUUCCAACACUCCCUCGUUACUCUCAGCUGCCACACUCUCACUCUCACCUUCACGCAACAGCCCACGUCAUACUAUUAAUAUUAAUAGUAUCAGCUCUGUUUGUGGUUUUGGUUUUGGUUUUGGUUUGAGACUGGGAGCUAUCAGUUCUGGGCGAAUACUUAAUCGCGAUCUGAAGCCACUGGCUGCCAUCAUGAUACCGGAAAACCCGGUUGUCGCCGAUAUCUGUGCCGCCAGCUUGACCGGUUGCAUCGCCCUCUCCUUGCUUCGAUUCUGGGGCGAAAUCGCCAAUCGUGGAAUCUUUGACAAGAAAUUGAAUAGGAAGCUUGUGCAUAUAAGCGUUGGGCUAGUUUUCAUGCUUUGCUGGCCAAUGUUCAGUUCUGGGUAUCGGGGUUCCAUUUUAGCAGGUCUUGUUCCAGGUAUCAAUAUCGUUCGGAUGCUUCUCUUGGGACUUGGAAUAAUGAAAGAUGAGGCUAUAGUGAAGUCGAUGAGCAGAAAUGGAGACCACAGGGAACUCCUUAGAGGACCACUCUACUAUGCUACAACGAUCUCUUUGGCUUGCAUCAUCUAUUGGAGAACUUCCCCUAUUGGGAUUGCAGCAAUUUGUAACCUCUGUGCUGGGGAUGGUUUUGCAGACAUAAUUGGAAGGAGGUUUGGUAGUCAUAAAAUUCCUUACAACAGACACAAGUCUCUCAUUGGUAGUAUUGCAAUGGUAUUUGCUGGCUUUUUAGCAUCUAUAGGGUAUAUGUACUAUUUCUCUUCAUUUGGAUUUCUUCAGGAAAGAUGGGAAAUGGUUUUGGGGUUUUUGGUUGUGUCUCUUGCCUCAGCAUUGGUGGAAACACUCCCCAUAAGCACUGAGCUUGAUGACAACCUCACGGUUCCCUUGACUUCCAUAUUGGUGGGCAUUCUUGUUUUCUGAUUUCACGAGUGGGGGCAAUGCAAAACUAAUAAAAGAGGGGGGAAUCGUUAGGAAUCAUAUCUAGGGGUAGAAAAUGUAUUUGUUGUAUACUUUUUGAUGAACGUUUAUUUGUCGUAUACUAAUUUUCUUGACCGUUUGAUUAGAUAUUUAGAUGUACCUGUCAUUUGAUUAAUGUAAUUUAUUUAUCUGUCCUUUUACUCAA